UCGUGCUACUAAGCGACGAUAGCUAUAGGAUAGUUGUUUAGCGUUACAAUGUUGUUUUAAUUAUAUGCAACUUAAUCAUUGCUAUUUUAACAUUUAUUUAGUCGAGAGAGAGAGAGAGAUGGAUUGGCAAAAAGCAACUGAUUUCGUUGUGGUUGUGACAUAGUUAAGCUACUCACUCACUUGUGUAUUCCAGUCUGCAGAAUCAUGUUGGCACAUUUAAUUUAAAGCCUUGUAUUAUGGCUUCCCAAGCGACAAUGCACGAGGAGAUUUCAGUUAAAAAGGGAUUUCAUGUCCCACCUUUGACUGGUGCCACAGCGAAAGAGAGCAAAAAGAAGAGGAAGGAGAAAAGGAAAUCGAGUAAUGGGAUCAACCAGUCAAAGGAUUCAGAGAAACUCCAGACGAAACAGUGGACCAAUGGAGAGAUGAGUGAUGUUCUGACCAAAGGUCGUGCCAAAGCCAAAGAUCGAAAGGACGGCAAAUCCAAAAAUCCCAAGGUCGUAUCUGAAGAAGCCCCAGCUCCAACAGAGGAGGACAAAUCAGACGAAACCAACCAAGGACAGGAUAGCUUGAGGUGGGAAGGAGUUCUUGAGGAUCCUGUUGCAGAGGCCCAGCGGUUGGCAGUCUAUAGAGCCAACCGCCUUAAACGUUAUAUGGCAUCAAGACAGGUUUUUCUACAAAACGUUAGUUCUUCUAAAUUAAAUGCACGAAACAAGCCUGGUGUUUUAGCAUGAAGAAUGUUUUCACACUGCAUACUGAAUCUAUUAUCAAGUGCAGAACCUACAUUUUAACAACUUUUCUCUAGUGUUAGUAGUUAUAUUUGUGCAGUGAUUGGUAUGUAUAUCAGGAUGACUUUUGUCACUUAGAGAUAAUAGAAUGCAUUUUUAUUAAAUCAGUUCUCCAUGCCACUGUACCUACUGUAUAAGUCAAUCCGUUGGUUGAUCCAUUGUUGCCAUUUCAGUUAACAUUUCUGUAUUCUCUUCUGUAUUGGCAAAAAGCUAGUCAACCAUAUUGAACUUCUCUACUGAUGCAGUCGGCACUCCAUUUAAUCAAUGUAUUGAGCAUUGCUGUCAUCUCUUAGUACAAGAAGCAUGUUCAGUAUCUCAAUAGGAGCAUUACCUUUUUUCAGACGUAAUUGUUUUUGAUCAUUAUCGCUUUUUUACAUACAAUCGAGAUUGAGAUCUCAAUGUCUAAUUUUAAUUUAGGCAAUAUAGAGGUUAUAAUUUAUCUUAUCUUAAUAAAGGGAUCCCCUCACAGUUCAGUUUCUGCAGUUACUGUCACAGUCUCGGUGAGUCCGCCGGUUUGUUCUGUUUGUUUUGGUGUUCUCUUUCUCGUGUUCGAGGUGCUGCCGGCAUGUGUAAUGUGGAAACCCUGAUUGAUUCCAUGGGAACACUGAUCAUGCCAGCCUUCAGCAGGCUGACGGCACCUGUCUCUUGUUGGUUUCCUGCUUACUUAAACCCCACUCUGAGGUCUUGUGCUCGUUGCUAGAUUGUUGUUGUGUUUGUUGUUUUAGGGUGUGUUCACACUUGGCAGGUUUGGUUCGAUUAAAACAAACUCUGGUGCGAUUGCUCUGUUAGUGGGGUUCAUUUAAACAAAUGCGAAUGCUGCCAUCCGAACCUUGGUGCGCACCAAACAUGCGGACAGAGACCCCCUGAAUAGUGGGUCUCGGUCCGCUUCCAAACGAACUCUGGUGUGGUUCAAUAGAUAUAUGAACACAACAUGGACCAAAGACGUCUAAAUGGACCAAUAACAGGAAGUAAUUUGCCUUUAAUACUGACCUCAAGCAUACCUGGUUCUUCUCAUCAUAGGAGCUAUGUUGCCCAUUACAGUUUGGUACAGGCGUCGGAACUGCUGUCAGCCGUCCUAGCAGCAUAUCUUCGUUUGAGUGUGCAACACAGGAAUUCCUGGCGCUGUUUUGACUCCUUUACGCAUUUUAUUAGCUCUUCGUUUGUUCUCAGCUGGUAAAAAUACCACCAUAUAUACAUAUAUAAAUCCAACGAGCGCAUUUAGCCGAGCAGCCAGCAUUGUUUUGGAUGUUCGGCAAGUUCCAUCACAAAAUAUACGUCAUAAAAGCUGUCCAAUCAGUUUGUGACUUUUUCCUGAUUCCUUUUGUUUUGUAUCUAUAGGUUCGGUGUUAAAAAAGUGAACCAGGACUAAAUGUAUCAUUUUCUUUUUUGGUCCGGACCAAGAGAACCAAACUAAAAAUGUGAACACACCCAAACUCACCUUGCUCUCUCUACCUUAGCCGAUCCUGUUACCUGUAUUCUGUGUCAGUUGCCAGUCCCCGCCUGUGUGCCCAGAUUGCGGUUAUUUUCCUGUCUGCCUCUUCGCUCGCCUUGACACUUCACAUGAGGAUUCCUCACUGGUUUUCCCUCUACACUGCCACGACACACACGCCUACAAACACACUCUCCUCCAGAGGAUCCUCGUGGAUCUACGUUCCACACUGCCACGAUGCACACACGCCUACGAACAUACUCUUCAUCUCCACACUGCAGUCGAUGCCGGGUUCCUCUCUGCCCACCAGCACUGUUUGAAUAUUACUUGCUCUUCAGCAUUGUUUAAGUUUGCUUUAAUAAAUUCUGUGAAAUGCGCCUCUGCGCCUG